AUGUUAGUAGAUGCCAGGCACAACGUCCUGAAGGCCGUUAACACCAUUUUCUUCUCAUUUCAGGCCACAAUCGGAAUAGACUUCCUAUCAAAAACGAUGUACUUGGAAGACCGAACGGUGAGGUUGCAGCUGUGGGACACGGCAGGACAGGAGCGCUUCAGGAGCCUCAUACCCUCCUACAUACGAGAUUCUACUGUGGCUGUGGUGGUUUAUGAUAUUACAAAUGUGAACUCCUUCCAGCAAACGUCCAAAUGGAUCGACGACGUCAGAACUGAGAGAGGAAGUGAUGUCAUCAUCAUGCUGGUCGGCAACAAAACAGACUUGGGAGACAAGAGGCAGAUCACCAUAGAGGAAGGAGAACAGCGGGCCAAGGAGCUCAGCGUCAUGUUUAUUGAGACCAGCGCCAAGACAGGCUACAACGUCAAACAGCUGUUUCGGCGUGUGGCAGCUGCCCUUCCUGGGAUGGAGAGCAUGCAGGAGACAAGCAAGGAGGGAAUGAUUGACAUCAAGCUGGACAAACCACAGGAGCCUCCAACCACUGAAGGCGGGUGCUCCUGUUAAUCCCAACACCUGAUUGGUGCAUCUUCAUCUCCACCACAUGCUUGUUGUGUUGGUUCACCUCCAGUAGAGCUUUCCGAUUGGGAUUUAUCUUAAUACUGGUCAUCAGUUGGAAACUAGCGUUACAUACAUUUCAGUUGUAAAAUAGUGUACUUUAUUAAAGGAAUUUGCCAAAAAGUCUUAAAAAUUUACAAAAUGAUCAACAACAACAAAAAAAACGAAGCCCUCUCAACAUUUUUUUUGAAAAAGUAGAAUGGUAGGUAAUUUUUUUUUUCUUUUUAUAUUUUUGUAUAUUAAAAGAAAUGCUUUGAAAAGUUGCAGAUGACCAAGUUGUCCCCUUGUAUGUAUCCCCAAUGGCACCCUGUUCCCUAUGUAGUGCACUACUUUUAGACCAUAAUCCUAUGGCACCCUAUUCCCUAUGUAGUGCACUACUUUUAGACCAGAGCCCUAUGGCACCCUAUUCCCUAUGUAGUGCACUACUUUUAGACCAGAGCCCUAUGGCACCCUAUUCCCUAUGUAGUGCACUACUUUUAGACCAUAGCCCUAUGGCACCCUAUUCCCUAUGUAGUGCACUACUUUUAGACCAGAGCCCUAUGGCACCCUAU